ACUCUGGAGCCUCUUCAGUCCCGCUGACCGCUGCUCUGUCACCGGCCUGGGUGUGGUUUGUGUGUGAGCGUACCGUUAGCAGGAAAUCGAGCUUCACUCUUUCAUUUUAACAACUAAACAAAGGAAAAACACUCUCCCGCUGAUUCCGGACUCAAUAUAGAUAUCUGUGCUUAAGACUCAAGUGACGGUGGACUCAUCCUGACCGGAAGUGUUCAGUUGGCGCCGAGGUUCUGAUGGGAAGAAACUUUUUCUUCUGGUGACGCUUACUGCUGCAUUGAUAGCUUUUCAUUCAACAUAUUUUCCUUUGAACCGGACAAAAAGGACGCCAAGAUGCCGAAAACGAUCAGUGUGAGGGUCACCACCAUGGAUGCUGAACUGGAGUUCGCCAUCCAGCCCAGCACAACAGGGAAGCAGCUGUUUGACCAGGUUGUCAAAACCAUUGGCCUGCGGGAGGUUUGGUAUUUUGGGCUCCAGUACCAGGAUUCUAAGGGUCUGUCCACUUGGCUCAAGCUCAACAAGAAGGUGACAGCCCAGGACGUGAGGAAGGAAAGCCCACUGCUGUUUAAGUUCCGCGCUAAGUUCUUCCCAGAGGAUGUAUCUGAGGAGUUGAUUCAGGACGCCACACAGCGCCUGUUCUUCCUUCAGGUGAAGGAAGGAAUCCUCAAUGAUGACAUCUACUGCCCUCCGGAGACCGCAGUACUGCUGGCCUCCUAUGCAGUACAGGCCAAGUACGCCGACUACAACAAGGAAGUGCACACGCCUGGAUACCUGUCCAGCGAAAACCUGCUUCCUCAGAGGGUUCUGGACCAGCACAAACUCAGCAAGGACCAGUGGGAAGAGAGAAUUCAGGUGUGGCACGAGGAGCACAAGGGUAUGAUGAGAGAGGAAUCCAUGAUGGAGUACCUCAAGAUAGCACAAGAUCUGGAGAUGUACGGAGUCAACUAUUUUAACAUUAAGAAUAAAAAAGGAACAGAGCUGUGGUUAGGAGUGGACGCUUUGGGUCUCAACAUUUAUGAACAGAAUGAUAAAAUGACGCCUAAAAUUGGAUUUCCAUGGAGCGAAAUCAGGAACAUUUCCUUCAAUGACAAGAAGUUUGUCAUCAAACCGAUUGAUAAGAAAGCACCAGACUUUGUGUUCUACGCGCCCAGGCUGCGCAUCAACAAGCGGAUCUUGUCUCUCUGCAUGGGAAACCAUGAGCUGUACAUGCGGCGCCGCAAACCGGACACCAUUGAGGUGCAGCAAAUGAAGGCCCAGGCCCGGGAAGAGAAGAAUCAUAAGAAGAUGGAGCGGGCUCUACUGGAGAACGAAAAGAGGAAAAGGGAAGUGGCAGAAAAGGAAAAGGAGAAAAUUGAAAAGGAAAAGGAGGAACUGAUGGAGAAGUUAAAGCAGAUCGAGGAGCAGACAAGAAAAGCCCAACGAGAACUGGAGGAGCAAACACAGAAGGCCCUGGAGUUGGAGCGAGAGAGGCAGAGAGCCAAAGAAGAGGCAGAGCGCCUGGAGUCAGAGCUUAAAGGAGCCGAGGACGCCAAGAUGGCGUUGCUGCAACAGUCACAGAACCAAAUGAAGAACCAAGAACAUCUGGCUACUGAGUUGGCAGAGCUCACUUCGAAAAUUUCUCUCCUGGAAGACGCCAAGAAGAAGAAGGAGGAUGAAGCGGAGCAGUGGCAGCUGAAGGCCACCAUGGUGCAGGAGGACCUGGAGAAGACCAAAGAGGAGCUGAAGAACAAAGUGAUGACCGCUCACGUUCAGGAGCCGCUCAGUGCGGAGAACGAACACGAUGAGAACGACGAGUCCAGCGCAGAAGCCAGCGCCGAAUUCACCAACGCCGUCACGUACAAGGAUCGCAGCGAGGAGGAGCGUAUGACCGAGGCGGAGAAGAAUGAACGCCUGCAGAAGCAUCUCCUGGCUUUAAGUUCGGAGUUGGCCAAUGCUCGGGACGAGACCAAGAAAACGGUGAACGACAUCAUCCAUGCAGAAAACAUGCGAGCAGGACGGGACAAGUACAAAACCCUCCGACAGAUCCGCUCUGGAAACACCAAACAGCGGAUUGAUGAGUUUGAAUGUAUGUGAUGUCACAGGGUUGCAAGUACUGCCUUUCUCCAGCAAUUUUUUUUCUUUCCAAACCCCCCCCCCCAAAAAAAAACAAAAAAAAAAAACAUCAACCCGACAAACAUAGCUGCACCAACUCUGAUCUGGAUAGUUUCAUUCCUAGCUCUGAAUUUAGGCACUUCACUGGUUGAAAAGGGACAUACUGUAUUCUGGUCGUACAUUCCUGGCAGUUUUUUUCUGUAGCGUAUCAGUCAGUGCUGCAUUUUUCUACCAUGAGCUCACUCCCACCGGAGUCAGGCCUUAUCUGCCUGCUGUGAAACUGCCUCACAGCACUUGGUUAUCACAGCUCCAAAUAAUGAUACCAGUUUUUUUUCUCAUUUCCAAGUGAUUGGAAUUUCGUAAUGACCAUCAGUAUUUUACUAACACGAGCUUUCCUUCAGAUCCGCUUUUGCAUUUGCACAACUUAACGUCACCUUAUACGCCACACAUAGUGUAUUUUCUGACAAACCUCUAUGAAAACAAUGACACAAAUUACUUUUAAGCUGCAUGUGAGUGCAUUGUUAACAGAUGUUUUGUGUGUAUUCUUCAACAAUAUUUACAACUCAAACACACGCACAAAAUGUGUACUUUUCAUUGUUCCUCUCAUCUGCUCUCCAUGUUGAUGCUGAAAGCUUGAAACACUUAGUGUUAUCUCUUCAAUCAUCUACAUCAUUGAAGCAAAUUAGACACAAUACAUUUGAAUUAAAAGUUUCUCCAAAGAUGGAACUUAAUUUAAAGGUAAUUCAAGUGUACAGAAUUUGAUCUACUAAACCUAAAUCGGCUGUGUUUUGUAGAGCAUUUAUUGGAUUUUCCCCAGCUCUCACUUCCUGCUCUGCCUGCUCCAGUUUAUCCUCUAUUUGAAAACAAACAUGGUUUUCCUGUAACUAUAUGUUUUGUCUGUCAAAUAAGGAGGAACAGAACGUUAUGUUAGUAUAUUUUGCCUUAAAAAGAAAAUGUAAUCUAGUACAAAGAUGCUUUCACAUAAAUGGGAGAGCAAAAGCCAAUUAUGUUUUCUGUAGUGCAGAAUGUUGCAAUUUAACUUAAAAGCAUUUCAUUAACAUGCACUGAAGGCUGUAGUUCCAUGGCCCAACCAAGCUUUAUUUCUAAUUCACAAACUUUUGAUAUACUGUAUGUAUUUGACUACAUAUUUGUAAUUUGGAUUUUUUUCUAAAGCACCGGUGGGGAUAUUUUUGUAUGAUAAACAUGUUGACGUUGUAACAGUGCUUUGGAAUAGUGUUAAGUGCUUAGCAGCGAAGCCGCUGAAGCAAGCAGCUUCUGAAAUCAUGUGACAGUCAGAGUCCACGUUUAGCUCCUGCUGUGGUUGUCCAGGAAUUCCGACUGUCUCACUCCUAAAAACAUACUGUACUUUUGUGCCAUUAAUACAGAUUGAUCAUACUAUGUGUUGUUCGUAGAUGCCUAGAAAUUAACGUACUGAAGAGUAUUGACUGUUUAUCUAUUUUAGUAGCUGAUGAAUGAAGGAGCCUCUGCUCUCUGCUGCAUAUACUUUUCAUUAUUUGCCAAGACAUUUCACAGCUGCUGCCAUUUUGAAUACAAUAAUCAGGGGCUUUUGUGUGAAAGAGACAUGUUUUAAAGGACUGGAACGUGAUAAACUCGUUGAAGUGACUGACAGUGCCUUGCCCAUCAGAUCUCUCUGCUCAUCUAAGUCUUCCUCUCACCAGUGAAUAAAAGCCUGAUAAAACUCA